UGUGAUAAAUGACAUUAUGACACGCCAAUUAACGCGAACCGUAAGGAACAUAAAUCGUUGCACUUGUAAAUAAUGUCGCUUCGAUGGUGUUCCAUCACUUUUGCUAUGUGUCUCCAUUCAACUAUUCAGACCAACCAAUGAGAGCAUGCCAUGUACACACGAACAAGCCUCUCCCAGAGGAAUUUAGCACAUACACAACCUUUAAGGAAACUUGGGUGUCUAAAUCCAGAACAGACAAACUGAUCGUUAGCCGUUAGCAAGUCAUAUAAAUGACAAACCAAACGCUAAUUUAGCAUACCACGGACCAACGACCCUCUUCUUUUUCUCCAUGCCACAUGCUAAUCCAAAAUAAAAAUAAAAAUAAAAAUAAAAAACUGAAAACGCUCAUAGCAAGAAGUGAAAUACACGUGGUACAAUCUGACCCUUCCACGUGUAGAAUACUGUCACUUAAAAGCUCAAUCAUUUUGAAAAAUGGCUUGUUCUAGUGGAGUCAUGUCUGAAACUACGUCAAAACAUGCCACGUAGCCUUAGAUAUUUUUGUGCCCCAAAAUAAGAUCUUUUCAAAUCGGAAAUCGACGGACACGUGGCAAUUGAUAUCCACUUUCAAAGAAUCGCUGACGUUACUCCUUGAUUCUCCAUCACGGCAUUUCAGCAAUACAAAGCCAACACGCGUCCUAUAGCGAAUAGAAACGUGCCACGCAUUGUCUUUUUAGCAGCAUUGGGGGAAGCCAUUCGGCCACUGACAACAGAACACGUGUCUACAAAAAUGUUCUAUACACGCCGAUUUAUAUGAAAGCGUUGACAGGGUCUUCCCUUUGGGAGUCUCCAGCUAGUAUUGUUCAAAUGAGUGCGAACAGGAGGAUGAGAAGGACCUCUCCGGAUCAGGGAUCGGGGUCCGACUCCGACAACUCGGGGAUUGUCAAUGAGAAAAUACUCCUCCUCGUCUUCAAGUCUAUUAGAUGGGACAUACAGACGCUCUGCUUGGUCGCGUCGGUGAACCGGAAACUUCAAGCAAUAGUGACCAGACUACUAUGGCGAGAGGCGUGCGAGAAUCGCGCCCCGCGCAUGGUAGCGGCACUGACGAAAAGUGCGUCGAAUGGUAGAAUAGGCGGUGGAUGGCGUUCCCUCGCCAAGCUAAUGUUCUUCUGCUGCGGAUGCGAGUCGACUCGGCAUUUCAGAGUGAGUCGAUCAUCGCCGGGUCACGUCGUGAGAGCCAACCCGACCCGAUUUUCGAAAACUUCGGGACGGAGUUUUCUGGUUAGGCAGUGUCGUGGCGACGUGCUGUUCGUGAGCGAUCCUUGCGAGCAUCCAAUGGGAGAAAAGGAAGACGAUUUGGGAAUCUACAGAGGAGUAUUCGAGGGAUUUAUAAGAUCGAGAACGAGAGCGUAUUUGAUCGGACGGCAGGUGGAGCUGGAAGAGAGAGUGAGAUGUCCUUACUGUGGAGCCCGCGUGUGGAGCAUGACUGCGGCUCGGCUCGUUCCAAAGAGUGCGGCUAGACGGCUCGGCUCACAUGAUGGCGGUUUGGAGUAUUUCGUAUGUGUGAAUGGGCAUUUACAUGGAUCGUGCUGGCUCGUCCCUCUGUCUUCCGAUGAGGAUAAUGUGGACGAGGAAGAUGACGAAGAUGGCAACGGGGAUGAUGAUUUCGCGGGUGAUGAUGGGGCCCAGUCAAUCGAUGAUGAGGAUCUGACGGUAGCAACAAACAGAAGAAGCAUGAUAUCCGAUAAGAAGUUGUUGUUGGAAAUGGACCCACAAGUUGAUUGCAUGCGUGGUCCCCAUGUUGCUUCAAGUUCUGUGGGCGCUAGCAGAUUUAGUUUUGAGCGUUAGUUUUCGAUGGGAGUAGAGGUACCAAAAUUCAUUGUACUGGGUGAAAAAUAGAGUGAAAUUGAUGACAUCGGGCUAACACCAUUUGUAGCUGACGUGGAAUAAGCGUGAUUUUUUUUCUUUUUUCUUUUUUUCUCUUUUUUUUUUUUUUUUUUUUUUUUGGGAUUUUUCACUUUAGCUGGAUAUUAUGAAUUAGGAAAAAGUAGUAAAGGUUGCUGUGCUUCAGAGACUUUUAUGAAUUCUACUGGAUAGCUCAUUGGUUGUGUUGUGUGUCAGGCAGUUUACUUUAUAUUGUCUUUCCCAUGUGUAUAGCAUUUGUAAGUAAUAAAUUUAUUCCUCUUCUUCA